AUGAUGCGCGUGACGGCCGCCUUUUGCAUCUACGGUUCCCAGUCUUCCUCCUCUUCGUCCUCUUCUUCCUGCGCUUACGGUAGCCAUUUUGGCCCCAGCCCUUGUGCUUGCAACCUUGUCUUGCAUUUGUGGUCUGUUUUUGCCACUCGCUUGUCGGCACUCCGUCUUCGCCACAUGGUGUUCGUGAAUGCCGACGGAUCUCGCAUGGUGGCGCUGGUAAUUGGCAGCGGGCCCAGAGCUCGCAGCCUUGGCAUGUUCGAGAGGAUGCACGAGUUGGGCAUGAGCACUGUCGUCGUUGAUGGCGAGGGUUCUUGGGUUCAUGAGAUGGAGGCCACUGGCGUGGUGCACAAGGUGGUGGUCGUUCCAGGCCUCCGACAACUUCCGCAGGAAGCGGAGCUCGCCGAUGCAGUCGUGGACGCCUUGCGGGCCGCGUCGAUUGGCAACGUUACCGGUGCCUACAACGCGUACAACAAGUACUUGCUCUUGACCGCUUUGGUCGCAGAGAGGCUCGGUGUGGUGACGAACAGCUACGAGGCAGUACGAAUGCGUGUUCAAAAACGAAACCCGCAAGUGCCUCGUUGCCCAUGGGCUGGAGCCGUGGAAAUCGUUCCCAUGUUCUACGACGCAGGACAUUGA